GCAUUUGCUUUUAUAAAUCGAAAAUGGAGAAUGCUGGCUCUUCGAAAGUUGGCUCUAGACCAGCCAGACGGGAGGCUUUUGUGGUGCAGCGUGACUGGCAGAAAACCUCUGAGGCAAGAGGGCUUAUCAAUGCUCUGUUGGGGAGAAACAAGAGAAAAUCGUUUGGUCUCCUCGAGAAGCCCCAGUUCGAGCAGGGUGGCAAGAUGUAUCCUGUUCUGUUCCGACGGUUGUUCCUAGUGGGCAAGUCUGGAGUGGGCAAGACCAGCACUGUGCACAAGCUAAUGGGCAGAGACAUCCCGUGUGUUCACGAGGAGACCCUCGGUAUUCAGACCACCGCUCUCUACUGGCCAGUGAUGUUGGAGGCGGACCAGAGGACGGUGAUUGUCAAGCUGGAGCUGUGGGAUGUUGGGGAGAGGAUGCUCUCACGCUUUGACCACAUUCUGCCCACCUGCAAACAAUCCACUGAUGGCAUACUCUUCUUCUUCUCCUAUUCUGACAGGCACAGUUGGGAAACUCUACCACAGCUGUUUACUUCAAUACUUGGAGCUCUACCAACUCCUGACACUUUCAACAUGGUGAUAGGAACACAUGCUGACUGUUCUAAUCGAGAGGUGAGUGAGAGAGAGUUGGAGAGGUUCCAGCGGCAGCACAAGAUCAUAGCCCUCCCUACUUCCAACGUGAACACUAAGCGACAUGCAGCAGACCCCAGUGUACCUGAUGGGAGGGCAGCCAUUGAGGAUAUCACUGUGCUCAUGAAUGACAUUGUAGAGGUGCUGUUGGCCUAUGAGAAGAGAAAGGCCACACUGUCUGGCAGGGCAAAGGAGGAGGGGCUCAGAUCGUUAGACUAUAUUCUAAGCAUUCUCCCUCCAUACAGUGAACUGUCAUAGUGUUUUCGUAUUAUAGUAUCACUUUUUAUACACAUCAUUAAUUAUCAAUCCAUAUUUGAAUUCAAUUGCGACACUAUUCAUGCAGUAUAACACCUUAAUGACCUCUCAUUUCUAUAGCAGUAUUUGUUUUUGUUUUGUUCUGGGAGCCUAUUGUGCUACCCUUUCCUUGCUGGAUAAACCAUUCAUUGCAGUUUUAA